AACGAGCUCAUAAAGGAGAUUGAAGACAAACAGGAAUCAGCAGAGAAACAGGCUGAAGGUUUCAUCAAAGAUCUGAAACAGGAAAUCUCUGAGCUGAUGAAGAGAAGCUCUGAGGUGGAGCAGCUCUCACGCUCUAAAGAUCACCUCCACCUCCUCCAAAGCUUCUCAUCCCUGAAACCUGCUGCAACCAUCAAAGACUGGACAGAGGUCAGUAUCCAUCCACCAUCAUAUGAGGGGACUGUGGUGAGAACUGUAUGUCGGCUGAAGGAGACACUCAGUAAAGACAUGAAGAAGCUGUUUGAGGCUGAGUUGAAGAGGGUCCAGCAGUAUGCAGUGGAUGUGACUCUUGAUCCUGAUACAGCACAUCCUCAUCUCAUCCUGUCUGAUGAUGGAAAACAAGUACACUGUGGUGAAGAGGAGAAGGAUCUUCCAGACAACCCAGAGAGAUUUUCUGAAGAGCUCCUUGUUUUAGGAAAGCAGAGUUUCUCUUCAGGCAGAUUUUACUUUGAGUUACAGGUCAAAGGAAAGACUGGGUGGGUUUUAGGAGUGGCCAGAGAGUCAGUCAACAGGAAGGAACUCAUCACACCGAGUCCUGAAAAAGGUCUCUGCACUUUAGGAGUAUAUGAAAAUAUUCGUAUAGGUCUUGAGGAUCCUGCAGUCCAUCUCUCCCUUCAGAAGGUGGGGGUGUUUCUGGAUUAUGAGGAGGGUCUGGUGUCCUUUCAUGAUGUAGAUGAUGCAGCUCUUAUCUACUCCUUUACUGGCUGCUCCUUCACUGAGAAACUCUACCCAUUGUUCUGUCCUAAAGUUAACGUUACUAAUGAUAAAGAUCAUGAACGUGGUGGUAAAAAAGUUAAACCGCUGAUCAUCUGUCCUGUCCAUCAGUCAGUCUGAUCUUUUUCCAUGGGGAAAUUUGAUCAAAUACAGAUUAAUCUCAACAUUUGAGAUCAUACACUAAAACACAGAACUGAGCAAACUGCAGCUGCUGAUGAAGAUCAUGAUAUACGCCCAGAAGCUGCAGAACAAGCAAUGAUUUUUUUUAAGUUUUAUGAAUUUGAAGAAAAUUAUUCAUUUGAGGAAGUCCAGCCUGGGAAAGAAAAAACUCUCCUUCUUUCAGUGUUUAAAGGCAUAGACAUUAAAGGAUAUAAUGUACAAAGAUAUGAGUAUAAUGUUAAAUUUGAAUUAUUUUCAAUCACCUGCUGUUAAAAACA